UAUCAAUAUAUUUCAAACACGCUGUUCGCAGGUGGAUUUUGCUAAAUUAACUUAAAUUAGGCUUCACUAUGAAUAUGUAAUAUAUGCAUUAGCAAAACAAAGUGUUAUACAUAUAAAUAUGCUGUGGAUCUGGCUGCUUUCACGGAUAUUAUAUGUGGUUGUCUUGGUUACGGCGUGCAAACAACUAUAGGAGUGGGAAAGGGUGAAGAGCUGAUUGAGCUUCACUAGGCUAGUGACGUUAAAUAGAAAUCCGUUUGUCGUGCUGUUUGCGAGUAAACACCUUUUCUAGGUGGUUUCGGGAUGUCAUCAAAGAAGACAAGCGAGUCAAAGAGCCAGCAGGACGCAGGUGUCUCGGCUGAAAGCGAGGGACAAGAUGAAUCACAAAGACAGACGCUGUUACACAAGGAAUAUGAGACGCUAACUGAGAACCUAAGCACACUGAAAAGGAGAGUUGAACAAAAACGAAAAGAUAACCAGUUUCUUCAGAAUGAGAUCGCUCAGAGCCGCAUUGAAAGUAAAGAGUACAUGUCAUAUAUGUCUGAAAGGGCAGAGAAGAGGCAGAAAGCAAUAUUGAAUUUGAGCGAUCAGAGCCGUAAGGAACUUGAGGAGCUGCAGAGACAGAGACAGAACAUGCAGGAUAAACAUAAAGAGCAGUCCGAUGAGUUGCAGACAGAGAUCCUGCAGAUGGAAAAUCAGCUGGCUCUGCUAAAUAGUGAAAUCGUAGGCUUGAAAGAGGUUGAGACUCUACAACAGCAGCAGUCAUGUCGUAUCACUGAGCUGGAGAAGGAGCUGACUACCAUGCAGUGUCAACAUUCAGAGUCUCUGGUGGCUCUCAAGGCUGACUUCAUUAAAAAGAAGAAGAGCUGUGAGCAACAGGCAGUAGACACUGUGCAUGCUUUCACUAUCUCAGCCAACAAGGAGGCAUCUCGCUACCUGACGUCUUACAUAAAUAAAGAGUUUCAGGAGAAAGAAAGCCUGCAUGAGGAGCAUGAACUCCUUUUCCAGAGAGCUCUAGCUCUAAAAAAACAGCAGGACACUCUGCAGACUCAUCGACAAAAACUGCUGCUGGAGCAAAAGAGUAUGCAGAAGACUCACGCCCAAUAUACUUCCCUACGCUCAAAAUACAGAACAUCAGCUGGUGCGAACAAUAAUAAUGAGUGACCAAUAGUAAUACAAUAACUGUGCCAGUUCAGUUACAACAUUUGCUUUCAAUAAACAUCCGAAUAUUAUUGUAUGACUUAUGUAUGGUCUUAUAUUUUGAAAAUUAAUAUGUCAGAAAUGCAUAUACAAAAAGGUGUGUCAAUAGGCAACAGUUCAGGUGAUGCUUUUUUUAUUGUAUUUGUAACAAUCAUUUGUAUAUACACAUUGUAUAUUAUAUGAUUUAUUAAAAACUAACGUUGUUGUUUUUUCAAGCAAGUCGUGCCAGUUUGGAACAACAUUUAUUCAUUUGCUGGUGAUAAUUGAUAAAAGCGCUCAGAAACUGAAACCUAAACAUAAUAUUAGCUUGCAUUUUAGUCAUUUUGUUAUGUGCUUUUUGUAUUUAGUUUUUAACAUUUCAGCUUUAUUUAUUUUUUAUUUCAGUUUUAGUAACAAAACUUGUUUAGUUCCCUGGCAACAUC